CUCAACAUAAACCUCGCAGAACAAAAAAACCUAAAACCUCACUAACCCUCGCUGCCUUUUGCGACAUCUCCCACCCGAGCAACUCUCCCGCGCCUCCCCAUACCUCUUCUCCCUCUUGUGCGCCGCCGUCUCCGUCUCCCCUAACAACAUUUAAUUUUGCAUCUCAAAAAAGCGUAAAGAUGGUGUAUUCCGAGGAAGAGAUACCCAAACUACACAGGGUUCACAGAACAGUUUUGCAAAUGUUAAGAGACAGAAACUACCUCGUCCUAGAUUCGGAGAUAAAUAUGUCGAGACAAGAGUUCAAAGAAAAGCUUGACAUUAACCUGAAGGGAGGAGCCCCCACUUAUUUCAAAACUAACAAAGACGAUCCUUCUGACAAAAUCUUUGUUUACUUUGUCCGUGUAGCCAAACUCGGUCUCAGUGUUCUUACGAAGAUCCGUGAGCGUAUGGAGAGCGAGGGAGUCGAGAGAUCUAUCCUUGUUAGUCGAAGUAAACCAUCUGAAGCUCUUAAGGACUUGGCCCCCAAACAUCGUAUUGAACUGUUUCAGGAGGAUGAACUGCUGGUGAACGUAACAGAACACGAGCUUGUGCCGGAACAUCAGGUGCUCACCGAGGCUGAGAAGGAAAACUUGCUUGAGACAUACACCGUCAAAGAAACUCAGCUACCUAGAAUGUUCGUGACGGAUCCUGUUGCGAGAUAUUAUGGACUCAAGCGUGGACAAGUUGUUCGGAUAAUCCGGCCAAGCGAGACUGCAGGCACAUAUGUUACAUACCGAAUUGUUGUAUAAGGAUUUCCUUGAGCUCAUCUGCUAUACUUACUUUUGUAAUGUUACCUACUAAUAUUUAUGCAAAGCUUGCUUGCACUCAGUGAUUCAAUAACCUGUAUUUUUGGUGGAUUCGGUUAAACAGUUUGGUUAUGUUAUUGGUGUUAUUUAAACAAUUCUCAUA